GAAAAAGUGGAACAAUCUCGACACUGUCACAAACCCCAAGCAGUUCUAAAUUUGACCCUUUUCAGAGAUGAAUUUCAGUUUCAGCUCCCACAUCUUCGAUGGCACUACUCUUCUAACUUUCACCGUUGGCAAAGGCAUGGACUUACACCCCAAAUUGGGACACCUUUACUCUCCUCUUACUUUGAUUCCUCUCAGGGAGUGGAAAAAGUGGGAACGUUUAUUUGAGUUGCAUGAAGCUGGCCCUCUCAGACUUCUAUGCAUCCAAUCCUCACUACAAGACUAGGUUGGUUUUGCUCCCAAGAAACUCCAAAGGAACUGUUGUUGGUGCAGCUGCAGCAGCUGUACAUCUGAUAAACAAUGCAGAAGUCCAAGCAAUCAUAGGGCCUGGAACAUCAAUGGAGGCAAAGUUUGUUGUUAAUAUGGGAGACCAAGCUCAAGUGCCCAUUUUGACUUUUUCUGCAUCAAGUCCUUGUCUUACUUCACUUGGGAGCUCUUUCUUUUUCCGACUUACACAAAAUGACUCAAUCCAAGUGAAAGCCAUAAGUGAUAUUGUACAGAACUUUGGAUGGAGACAAGUUGUUCCCAUCUAUGAAGACACUUCUUAUGGGGAGGGAAUCAUACCGUUUCUAAUCGAUGCCUUGCAAGCAGUUGACGCUCAAGUUCCCUACAGAAGUGUAGUUUCUCAUAUAGCCACUGAUGAUCAAAUUGAAAUUGAGCUUUACAAGUUAAUGACGAGGCAAACUAGAGUCUUCAUUGUUCAUAUGAAUCUUGAUAUGUGCUCUAAGUUAUUUGCCAAGGCAAAAAAGAUUGGAAUGAUGAGUGCAGGUUAUGUUUGGAUCACAACUGGUGGGAUAUCUAAUCGUUUAAAUUCGAUGAGUUAUUCAGACCUAAAUUCCAUGGAAGGUGUAUUAGGUAUACAAACAGACAUUCAAAGAGCACCAAAGCGUAGAGACUUUAGAAAGAGGUGGGAAAUGAAAUUCCAACAAGACUAUCCAAAAUUAACCAAGGUUAAGUUGGAUGUUUAUGGAUAUCAAGCUCAUGAUGCUAUCUUUGCACUAGCUAUGGCAGUCGAACAAGUUGGACAUACAAGCAUUGAAUAUCAAAAGGCGAGUGAUUCCUUCAAGGCAACAAAUCUUGAUGCCCUUAAGGUAUCUCAGUAUGGUCAAAAACUUGUUCGAGCUCUGUCUGGUACUAAAUUUGAAGGUUUAGCUGGAGAUUUCAAUGUCGUAGAAGGGGAGCUUCAGUCAUCAACUUAUAAGAUAAUUAAUGUAAUUGGUGUUACGACCAAGGACAUUGCAUUGUGGACUCCAGAAAAAGGAAUGGUUUCAACAAACACAAGCAAAACUUGUACUAAUUCCAAGUGCAUUUUUGGAACCAUUAAAUGGCCAGGUGAUUCUUUCUCUGUUCCUAAAGGAUGGGAAAUUCCAACUAAUAGAAAGAAGUUGAGAAUAGGAGUUCCUGUCAAGGAUGGUUUCACUGAGUUUGUUAAGAUCACGAAAGAUCCUUACACUAAUACAACGGCUGUCACAGGGUUCUGUAUUGAUGUUUUCCAUGCUGCAGUGAAAUUAUUACCGUAUCAUCUUCCUCAUGAGUUCAUUCCUUAUGAAAAUUCUAGUGGCUCGAUGGCUGGGACUUAUGAUGAUUUGGUCUAUGAAGUAUUUCUUGGCAAAUUUGAUGCUGUUGUUGGAGAUACAACAAUUAGAACAAACAGAUCCUUGUAUGUUGACUUUACAAUGCCAUACACUGAAUCUAAUGUAGGAAUGGUUGUGCCAAUCAGAGACAACAAAAGCAAAAAUGCAUGGAUCUUCAUGAAGCCUUUGACAUGGGGCCUUUGGUUGACAACUUUGUGUUUCUUCAUCUUUAUUGCUUUUGUUGUUUGGGUGUUGGAACAUCGAAUUAACGAAGAUUUUCGGGGUCCUCCUUCACACCAAGUUGGAACAAGCUUUUGGUUUUCUUUCUCAACCAUGGUUUUUUCACAUAGGGAGAGAGUGGUCAGCAACUCGGCUAGAUUUGUGAUGAUUGUUUGGGUAUUUAUUAUGCUCAUAGUGACACAAAGCUACACAGCUAAUCUAUCGUCCCUAUUAACAGUCCAACAACUCCAGCCCACUGUUACUGAGUUAAAUGAUCUUUUAAGGAAUGGCGAUAUUGUCGGAUACAGCAAGAAUUCUUUUGUUCGUGAGAUCUUGAUUGGAAUGGGUUUUAAUAAUACCAGGCUCAAGGAAAUUAAUUUGGUGGAAGAUGGUGAUAAAGAACUCACAAAAGGUACUGCGAAGGGUGGUAUUGCUGCUUUUGUUGGUCAAACCCUAGGCUUGGAGAUUUUUAUUGCAAAGUACUGUUCCAAAUACAUCAUGGUUGGACCUAUCUCCAAAACUAAUGGGUUUGCCUUCGUGUUCCCUAAAGGUUCAUCUCUUGUAGCUGAUAUGUCGAGCGCAAUCCUAAAUGUGACCGAAGGAAAGAAUAUUCUAAAGAUUGAGGCCAAUUGGAUUGAGAAAGAAAGAAAUUGUCAAGACUCAAGUUCCGGCAAUAUCUCUGGCAACAGUCUUGGCCUUGAUAGCUUUUGGGGACUAUUCCUUAUUGCCGGGGUUGCUUCUGUAUUCGCUCUCAUCAUAUUUUUUACUUCCUUCCUUUACAAGCAUAAGCAUGUCUUGAUGCCCCCUGAUUCAACAGCUUCUACCUGGAGAAAGAUUCGUGCCAUAUUUGAAACUUUUGAUGAUAGAGAUGCCAGCUAUUAUACUUCUAGAAGUAGUCAACAGUCGAAAAAAUUCACUGGUGUUGGCCAUCAUGGACUGGAUGCAUCACAGGCUAGCAACUGGCCGGAAAGUCCGUUCAGCUAUACAAACCAUGGAGAUCUUGAUUCUGUAUUUGGAGGUCAACAAACACCAUCUACUGGUGGAGUAUCUCCGGAACCAGUUCCAACUAUUAAGCUUGCUAUUACUAUUUAAUGA